CCCUGGGAGCCGGACGGGCCAUGCCUUCCCGCUGGUGACCGGGUCCUGGUGCGCUGGUCCAUGCUGGUCCCCGCCUUUGUUCUCCAGCCCGAGCGGAGACAUGCGCGGCUGACGAUGGAAGUGGAGGACUCGGGCGGCGUGGUGCUGACUGCUUACCACUCGUACGCUCGCUCACAGCCGCCCAGCUCCGAGCCCCGCUGCGCUCCUCGGGCCACCGCCAGCCACCCCGGCAGCAGAAAAUCCAUUCCUCGCUGCCGAAGAAUUAACAGGAUGCUCUCCAAUGAAUCCCUGCAUUCUCCUGCAUUCAGCCGCUCCAACUCGCAAGCCUCCGUAGACAGUGCCUCAAUGGAAGAUUUCUGGCGGGAAAUAGAGAGUAUUAAAGAGAACAGCAUGGGAGGUCAGGAAGAGCAGAUGUCAGCUGAGGUCAAGCCUGUGGAUGAAGGAGAACUUGAAGCAGAAUGGUUGCAGGAUGUGGGCUUAUCUACACUGAUAUCUGGUGAUGAAGAGGAAGAUGGAAAAGCCUUGCUCUCAACACUGACUCGAACUCAAGCAGCUGCAGUAAAAAAGAGAUAUAACACUUAUACUCAGACUAUGAGGAAAAAGAACAAGCAAGCUGUAAGGGAUGUCAGAGAUAUCUUUGGAGUCAGUGAAUCUCCUCCUGAUGAUCGAUGUGACAACCAUACAGCUCAGUUGGAUGGCCCCCAGGAAGAAAAAGAACUGACAGGAGUUAUCAAAACAAGUGCUUCCUUGUCAGAUGAUGCUUCUCUCAGCAGUACUACUCUCUCAGAUGGCUCCCUGGAUGAAGAAAGGAGUUUUGCAACUUCUAGGAGUGAGGGCUCCAUGUCCCUACUAGAGACUAUUCCAGAUAUUCCAGCUCAUUCCAAUGGAUCCUCAGAUCCUGGACGAUCUAAUCAGAAUGCAGUGAGGGGUGAUGAUGAUUUGGAAAAGAUCCUACCAGAAGUAGAAGAACUGUCAUUUGAAGUAUCUUAUUCAGAAAUGGUUACAGAUGCUCCAAAAAGAAACAAAUCUAAGAAGUCAGACUUUAAGAAAGAAGAUUAUGCUUUAACUAAAUUUAUUGUUCAGAAAACCAGAUUUGGGCUAACUGAAGCAGGAGAUCUGUCUGCUGAUGACAUGAAGAAAAUUCGCCAUCUCUCUCUAAUAGAGUUAACAGCUUUUUUUGAUGCCUUUGGAAUUCAACUUAAGAGAACCAAAACAGAGAAAGUAAAAGGACGAGACAAUGGAAUUUUUGGAGUUCCACUUACAGUCCUUUUGGACAAUGACAGAAAGAAAGACCCUGGAGUGAAAGUUCCCUUUGUAUUGCAAAAAUUUUUUGAAAAGGUUGAAGAAUCAGGCCUAGAAUCGGAAGGAAUUUUUCGACUUUCAGGAUGUACUGCCAAAGUGAAGCAAUAUCGUGAAGAACUGGAUGCCAAAUUUAAUGCUGAUAAAUUUAAAUGGGACAAAAUGUGUCAUAGAGAAGCUGCAGUAAUGUUGAAAGCCUUUUUCAGAGAACUACCCACGUCUCUCUUCCCUGUGGAAUACAUACCUGCCUUCAUCACCCUAAUGGAAAGAGGACCUCACAUCAAAGUACAGUUUCAAGCCUUACACCUCAUGAUCAUGGCAUUGCCUGAUGCCAAUAGGGACACAGCCCAGGCCCUCAUGACAUUCUUCAAUAAAGUGAUUGCCAAUGAGUCAAAAAACCGAAUGAGUUUAUGGAACAUUUCUACUAUAAUGGCACCAAACCUUUUCUUCAGUAGAAGUAAGCAUUCUGAUUAUGAAGAACUACUGUUAGCCAAUACUGCAGCACACAUCAUUCGCUUAAUGCUGAAAUACCAGAAGAUUUUGUGGAAGGUUCCAUCUUUCUUAAUUACUCAAGUCAGAAGAAUGAAUGAGGCCACAAUGAUGUUAAAGAAGCAGCUCCCAAGUGUCAAAAAGCUACUGAGGAGGAAGACCUUAGAAAGAGAGGUUACAAGCCCCAAGACUUCAAAGGUACUACAAAAAUCACCCUCUGCAAGAAGAAUGUCUGACGUGCCCGAAGGAGUUAUACGGGUCCAUGCUCCACUUCUCUCCAAGGUGUCCAUGGCCAUUCAACUCAAUAGUCAAACGAAAGCCAAGGACAUACUAGCAAAAUUUCAAUAUGAAAACAGUCAUGGUUCACUGGAGUGCAUUAAAAUUCAGAACCAAAGAUUAUAUGAGAUUGGAGGAAAUAUAGGACAACAUUGCUUGGAUCCAGAUGCAUAUAUAUUGGAUGUAUAUCAUGUAAAUCCUCAAGCAGAAUGGGUGAUUAAACCCCAACCCAAUUUUUGAAAUAACUGUCAUGAUGGCAGAUGUCAUGCAUUUAUGUCAAGAAGAUCCUCCAUUUGGUAGAGGAAAAGAAGACUGCUUUUGA